CGAACACACACACAGACAGACACACACACACACACACAGAGAGAGAGAGAGAGAGGUAGGUUUGGCUGGUUGGUCAAAAAUGUAUGCAAAUGUGCAAUGUAACAGUCGCAGCAGAUAUAAAAUGUAGGCAGCGAUAAGUAAGAGAGCCCCACUGAUGAAUACCAGUGUGUACAAUGUGGCCACGUCCAGACGCGCCCGAGGCACCACCUCACGCACGCCGAGGCGCCUGUGCCGGCCACCCUCUCUCACCCACCGCCUGCCCGCCUUGCCCAGCCCCGGUCACUUCCACCACACUCUUCCACCACUGCACCAGCACUGCCACCAUCCGUCCGCCCUUGCCAAUCUCGGCGUUGCCCACCACCUCUCGAUUGCUGGCCGUCCUGGUGGCUGCCUGCUUGACGAAAUGGUCGACGGCAGCACUCACGCGGCGUUUGAGAAGCGAAUCGGCACGGGCAGCCGACGGGUCGUGGAGGAACGAGCCGACCUUGCAUGCGAUUGCCAUCGCCUCCUGUGGGCCGAAUGUGAAGCUGGACGGGGAGGGAUGAGGGUGAGCGCCAUCGUGGUGGGGCACCGCGGGCAGCAGGCAGCCGAGGCCUGAACCUGCAGCCCGCACAGACAGGCACACAGGGAGAGCGAGACGAUGCCCUGACGAUCAAUAGCAAAGGUUGCUGACCAUGGAUGCUGAAGUACGGCGGCGGUGGUUGGCCUCUGCAGUGGGUCGUUGGCCGUCAUCCAUCCGAUGAGGGCCUUCAUGUCGGCGGAUAUGUCACGAUAAAAUGGCCCGGCCUGAAUGCACGGCGCAAUGGCAUGGAUACACAUGCUCACAUUUAUAGUUGGCUGCCCACUAACCGGCUCUACGGUGUUUGCCUCCCUGUCUUGCACUGAUACCCCCAUAUCUCCGUCACUCGGCCGUCGUCACAUAUGAAGAUGAAGAGGUCAUGCAAGGGGGAAGCUGCUGACGGCGGGCUAGUUCGAGGUCCAUUGUGGCCAUAGUCCAUGAGCAAACGAAGCAUCCGCCCCAAUGAGAAGACCGUCGCCUUUUCCGCCGCGAACACGCGAUAGCAGCAUAAUGUCUGCACGCACAAUAGAGGAUGCGCAUGGAUGUAUGUCCUCUAGAUUUCUGCUAGCUGACCUCGGGCGCCAUGAAAAACCUCACACCCCGAGCCUCCUCGCCGCCGUACACGAGCCCACCCUGUUUGUGUCAGUCAAGACACACAUCCACAUAUCCGACAUACACGUAUUUCAUCAUUUAGACAUUAAGUACGUGUUUUGGAUCGAAGAAAGGUGCGUUGUCGAAGUCGAUCAGCUUUGGCAUGUUCUUGGCGUCGAACAGAAUCUUAUCAAGGUGCUGAUCUCUGAAUGAUACCACGACACACGCCACAUGCGACACACGAAUGCAUGAUGCGUACGUGUGCCUGCCAACGUACCCGUGGUAAAUGCCCUUCUGGAUGACAGGCGUCAUCCACUGGCGUGCCACGUCCUCACUGAUGCAGGACUUGUAGGCCUCGUCUCGAUGGCGCUCCUCAAGUCUGUACAGCAGGCUCCCGCCUGGCAGCAUGUCGGUCUCCAGGUAGCUGACCUCGGCGAAGUGAUCAACCUACAGCAUUCAUCCACCCAUGCAUUGAGUGUGUGUGUGUGUCUAAAUGGUUGCUUACCGCAUACAACUCGGCCACCCCCGGUAUGUCCUUGGCAGCCUCCAUGAUGGAGAUCUCACGCUGGACAUCACCCAUAAAGUCGGCCUCGUGCAUCAUGCGCAGGG